UGCUUGCUCACCGCGCCUCAUUCAUAUUUGGCUCCCUCUUUGAUCCUUCUCUCCUCCUUCCUCUCUCUCUCUCUCUCUCUCCCCUUCCCUUCUCUUUAUAUUCUCUACAUACACUCAAAGGACUCUUCAACCUGUAAACUACAUGGAGAUGGAGGUGUUGAUACCAAUUACAGAUUUCGACUUCAACAGCGGUAGAUCUUCACCGUGCUUGCUGACCGCUCCAUCGACUCCAAAACGCUUCGGUGAUUGCUUCUUCAGCGCUCCCACCUCCCCAACACGCCUCUCUCAGUUUUACCGUGACUUCGAUGACUUCUGUGUACAGAGCACUGAUUUUGAUUGGGAAGAAAAACCUGGUACGCCUAAAUCAAUCAAACCAUCAGAAGACAAUUUUGCAUUUGAUGUCAGUGAGGAAAUGGAGAAGAUGAUUGUCCCAGCUGAAGAACUCUUCCAUGGUGGCAAAAUUCGGCCAUUAACGCUUCCAACUCAACCUUGGAAGAGCUCAUCUAUGUCGCCAAGAUCACCAAUCUCACGUAUCCGUGGCGCUUUCUCACCCAGGAAGAAGAAAGAAUAUAACCCAUUUGAAUCUGCAAUCGGAAACACCAAUAGCAGCCAUAACAGAACAGGGCAUGAGAGAGGAAGAGAAAGGGUUGUUUCCUCAGAGUCACAGAGUACAAGCCACGGACGAACAAGAUCGCUAUCUCCCUACCGGGUUUCGAAGUACCCGUGGGAAGAACAAGAACAACAACAACAACAGCAACAGCUGCAACAAAACACAAAACAAUCUUCAAAUACCUCUUCUUCCACCCUGUCUUUCUCGUCUUCCAAAGGAAGUCACAGGAAAUGGAGAUUGAAGGACUUUUUCUUGUUCAGGAGCGCAUCAGAGGGGCGAGCAUCGGACAGAGAUCCACUCAGGAAAUACGCGGCUCUGUUCAAGAAACAUGAAGAUGCCAACAACUCUUCGAGCUUCAGAUCCAUGGAAGGAUCCACUACCAGAAGAAAGGGGACAGUUUCAGCUCAUGAGUUGCAUUACAAGGCCAACAGAGCAGUUUCAGAGGAUUUGAAGAAGAAGACAUUCUUGCCUUACAAGCAAGGUAUUCUGGGGCGUCUGGCGUUCAAUCCGACUGUCCAUGCACUUGCCAACGGUUUCGGAUUUUCUCGUAAAUGAAUCAUAUCAUACCAUAUUUGAGAUUCAAUUUAUUUUUGUGUGUGUCAAGAUAUAUAGUUUUGUUCCUAGAUGUGUGAAGUUUACUCAUUCAGUUGAUAUACCAAAUUUUAAGGUUUAUGUAUUGGAGUAGUGGAAAUCAAUGAAAAGUUUUUGCAAUUAUAUGCUUUCAUUGAUUUUUACAACCACAAUUGCUGUGUGAGUACAUCUUCAUGACUCUUUUUUCAUGAUCACUAGCAUUACUCCAACCGAAAUUCAGAUA